AUGGAUUGCAUUGGGCUUGCUGCUGAAUGGGAAGCCAAUGUGGAGCUUCGGACCCGUGUCAGAGAGGAGAAGCGGAUCUUGACCCAUGCAGAAAGUGACAAGUAUUGUAAGCCCAACCGCCCUAAUGCGGUGAACAAUCGAAUUGUCCUGAUGCCCAUAUUGCAGCGCCUUCAACGAACACCCCAAAGAAGCCUCCCACACUUGGAAGACUUGACCAAUGAAGUCACCACUUUGCUUCAAAAGUGUGGAGUUGGUGUUGGGGAAAAGUUGGCCUACAAGACCAGUGUGGAGCUUAAGAAGCUGGCUGGGUUUGUAAAGCGGCGCUCUGGCAGGAAGGAGGUGACCAAGGAAAGGGGCCAGGUUGGGUGGGACACGGAUGAGACGCAGCCAAUGACCGAUGCAAAGCUUGUUGGCUUUGACAUGACUAUGCCCAUCGCAGAGGCCGGCCAUGAGGAUGACAGCAAGGAGGAUGGGUUCCUAGAACAGUUGCUUUCAUUGUUGAGAGAAGGAACAAAUGAAGGGGACCUUGAGGCCCAAACUCUAGACGCCGUCUUGACCCGUCGUGACCAGCUGAAGAUGAAGGAAAACAAGAUUGCAGAAAAGAAAAAGGAACAGGAGGAGAAGAAAGCAGCAAAAGAGCAGGCUAAGUUGGACAAGGAGAAUGAGGAAAAGGAGGACCCAGCGCUGCAGAAGGUGGAGGAGCCUCGGCGACGGCUUAGGAAGAUGAGGACUGAGGAUGUGGAGAAAGGGGAUGCGGCUCGGCCAAAAGAAUCAAAAGAAGAUGGAAAGGAAGAUGAGGAGGAGCCACCUUGCAAGAGGCCUCGUGUGGAAGCCAAAGCUGAGCCCAAAGAGAAGAGGGCAGCGAAAAGCAAAGCCAAGGCCAAACCAAAAGCUGGCCCCAAGUGCAGGGCUCAAUCUCAUGAAGUUGGGGCUGGUGAUGAUGAGGUUCUGACCCCAAAGAAACGCCUCUUUCAAUCGGAUGAGGAGGAAGAUGGAGAAAGCCAUGAGACUGAACGCUAUGAUGGGAAGUCAGGCAAAGUUCGGCCUCUCAAGAACAUCCUUGAGACCUGCAAGCCUGAUGCUCACAUGAGGGCGCAGGGUGAAAAGCCUUCUGAGCAGCCACCAACUGGUGCAAAAGCUUCUGCAAAAGGUGGAAAGGCCAAAGAAAAAGCUGUCAAGCUGUCUCCCUUUGCCAAGAAGGAAAGGGCCCGGAGAAAGAAGGCAGAGGAUGCUGUGAUGCACCAAACUCCAGAGGAGGAUGCAAUGAUCCAAGGAAUCUGCCUGCAAUAUUUGAGGAUUGUGGAGUACAUGACCUAUGAUGAGGUGAAGGCGUACCUGAGAGAGCACCUCGGCAGUAAGAAGAAGGAGUUCAAGCUUGAUGAGUAUUGGAGUCGGCCAGCAUGUGGUGUCAAAGUUGCCUCUCUCGGAGAUGGCAGCGGGAAGAAUGCCCCCAUGGUCGCUUACUUCAAAGCCUACGGCACUUCUCCACCUGGAUGGAACUUCAACAUGGCCCUGGUGUACAUCUCGGCUUCUUUGACGGCUUCGUGGCUGGAGCAAAUCUCUGAGAAGGACUUGAAGAACUUCGAGGAUCCCACAGGGAAAGUCCAGACUCACAUCUUUUCGGUCAAGUACAAUGUGAGUGUUGCUGCAACAAAGUUUAAACCGAGCAAGAAGUUGGGCCGGCCAAUGCCUGGGCUACGAGGCAACCGAUGGGCUGUCAAGAUGGGACUUGACGAGGAUGAGAGCAGUGCACCCUACCUGUUUAUGGAAACCUUCUCGUCCAUGGAGUUUGAUGAUGUUUGGACCGAAGCCGGAAUGGUGUCGGUCUGCAUGCCUUUAGAGUCUUUGCUUCUUGGCGCAGGGUGCUCUUUGGCUGUAGGUAUGAUGCUCUUUUUCACCGGCCAGCUGCCGACGCAGGAGCUGGAGAAAGAGCUAGCAGAUUUGGAAGCUGCAGUUGCAGCUUCACUGGGUGGGACCCCUUUGGUUGAGAAGGAAUUGACUGGUACCCCUGCUUCAAUGGCAAGCCCUGCAUCCCCUCAACCAUCUUUACCAGCUGAUGCAGCCGUCACGGAGGACAAUGCUAUCAAAGCCAAACUUCGUCGACUUAUGGAGCCAAAGGCAGAUGGUACCUUGAAGGCCGUCUUGAGGCCAAUGCUGACCGUGCAAAGGCUUUGCAAAGUGCAGCUGUCAGUCAAACCAGUGAGGUCCCUGAUUGGGGAUUUGCAAAAGAACUAUCCCAAUGAUGGGACGGCGAAACUGGCAGCGGUGACGCUGAACAAAGACCUGCAAACCUUGGACGCAGAGUACAACAAGCUGUCCGAUCACGUGGCGCAGGGGGAGAGGGAUAGCCAUGAUGCUGCGCAGCUUACCAGCACAUGUCGCAUUGGCCACACUGCGAAGCGCUUGGCAGUGAACAUCGGCGAGGGAGCCAUGAGCUCAGGGGAAACUGAAAGUGGCCACAUCGAUUCCAUUGUGCCAUAUGCGUGGCAGCACAACAGAGUUAAGAAGUUGAGAAUCACGCACCCUGCUGUGGACACAGCCCCGAACUACUUGCCGCUGGAGAGUACCAAACAUGUUCGUGCUUGUCCUUGUCUUGGGGGGCAUGGCAAUUCCGAAGUGAUGUGGAAGGAUUGCUAUCUACAACAUGAGGAUCUAGCUGGAUUGUCCCGCUCGCAGGAUGUCUUCAGAAAGAUUGAGGUAGAUCCCUAUCUUUCGAUGAACCUUCCAAAGCCCAAAGCAACCGCUGGUGCAGUCUUGCGACAUUGUGUCCAGGUCUUCGAACGAUUGCUAGAGAAGUUCAAACCCAUGACCUUCAAGUUCGGUAUAACACACGAUGCGCAUGUCAGGUGGUGGAAUCCUAAAUUUGGAUACAAGCACUCCAAGGACAAAUUCGAGCACAUGCUAGUCCUCUUUGGUGCGUCCAACCCACAUGGACCAGCUUUCCUAGAAGCUGCGCUAAUUGAGAAGUAUGGAAGUGCUCUGCUUGCCAGCUGUGUCAGCCAGAUCCUGACGGCGCAAGCUGUGGCGUCAGACAUGGGAGAGAGCAGAGCAGCCUCUAGUGGAGUCAACUCUUGGGCAACAUGCCACCUUCGGAAUUCUGAAAGGGAUGCUCACAAGGUUAUGAAAAGGCAGAAGACCAAGUUAGACAUACAAAUCCAAACCAUUAAUUGCAAUGGAGUUUAUGUUCCUUGGAUCUCUCCGGAAACGUGGCUUGAGUUUGUGGUGAAAAAGGGCCUUUGGCCAUUGAUGGCUGGGUGUGACCUUCAUGACUGGGAUGGGUCUGAUCGAAAUUGGACAGAGUUUUGGCGAGUUUACGAGAAACUUAACCCAAAUUUUGAACUUUUCGAGAUGGUGGACAUUGACCUUGGCAGAACAGCAGCCAUGUUGGUGCAUGGUGAUGAGGGUAGGACCCUCAAAAAAGGUGGUCUGAUGGUGACUUCGUUGCAAAGUGCGCUUGGGCGAGGUUAUGAUGAAAAACGAGUUCGCGGGCAAAGAUCUGACACUGCUCUUUUGAGGGUUAACUUCGCAGGGCACUCCUUCACCACACGGUAUGUUGUGAACACUAUGCCCAAGACAUCUUACGAGACUGAGUCGAAUGUUUUUUAUGCAAUGUUGGAUCACGUUGCCAGGUCCCUUAGCAAGUGCCUAGAGGAGGGAUAUGUUGACGACAGGGGCCACAGGUUCCGGAUAGUGCUUCUGGGCGUGAAGGGGGAUGCCCCAUAUCUCAGCAAGGCGGCUCACUUCUAUCGUAGCUACAACACCACGGCUAAGCGUGGCCAGGAGCGAGGACCCCCAAAGGGGGUAUGCCCGUAUUGCUUGGCAGGAACACCUGGAUAUCCGGCAGAACAAGUCGAUACUUCAAAGCCGAGGUGGCUGGAGACUGUUGCGGUGAAGCUCCCAUGGUUAAAGCGUCCUGCAUUUAUACGUCACCUGAUUCAUGACCCUGGUGACCCAGCUUCAUUUUUCAAGACAGAUAUUUGGCAUGUAUUCCACUUGGGUUUUGGUCGGAGUUGGGUGGCCAGUGUCGUUCAGCUUGUCCUUCCAGUGUUGCCGCUUCAGAACCUUGAGGAAAAGUGGGAAUUUCUGACUUCAGAAUAUCUUGGUUGGUGCAAUACAAACAAAAAGCAGGCUCACAUCAGCAGAAUCACGCCUUACUUGAUGAGUUACAAUGAUUCGAGCGGAGCGAUGGGCAAUUGGCACAAAGGCGCUCUCACGACUAACCUCAUGCAGUGGUUGGUUGACUUGUUGGGCAAAGUGCCGGCAGAUGCCCAGGGUUUGUUGAUGAAGUGCCGUCAAGCUUCAUAUCGCAUGAACUCUAUGUUUAGCAUUUUGUACCGGUCUGGUGCCUUCCUCUCCGAACAUGAAGCUACCUUUGUCUCUCAACAGGGCCUGGAGUUUUUGGCGUGCUACAGUGGCUUGGCAGCCGCACUCUUCAGAGAUGGAAAGCAAUGGAUGUUUCCGCUCUACCCAAAACUCCACAUGUUUCAUCACCUAAUGCUGGACAUUGCAAAUCAGGCCAGGUCAGCGAAAGUUGCACUCAGCCCCAUGUUAUGGGCUUGCCAGAUUGACGAGGAUGUUGUUGGCAGAUCUUCGAGACUAAGCAGGCGAGUAAACAUUCGCCUUGUUUCUCAGAGGGCAUUGGACCGCUAUUUGGUGGCGGCACACUCAGCCCAUUCGAACGCUGGGCUGUUGGUGUAG